AUGGUAGCCAGCAUAACACAGCGCUGUCAAUAUUUGGAUAACGUGUUUGAUUUGGCAUUUUUAUAUGGUGUUCUCCUGGUUAUUUUCCUACAGGUGUUUGCUUAUGAUCACUGCUUUUGGUCUAUGGAUGAAUCUGUCAAAGAAAAAUACGCAGGUCAAGAUGUUGUUUUCAAGUGCCUUGGAGAGAAUAUUCUUCAGAAUGCCUUUGAAGGCUAUAACGCUUGCAUCUUUGCGUAUGGGCAGACUGGAUCUGGAAAAUCAUACACCAUGAUGGGAACUGCUGACCAGCCUGGAUUAAUCCCUAGACUUUGCAGUGGACUCUUUGAAAGAGCACAGAAAGAGGAAAAUGAAGAGCAGAGUUUCAAAGUGGAAGUAUCCUACAUGGAGAUAUACAAUGAGAAAGUCAGAGAUCUUCUUGACCCAAAAGGAAGCCGUCAGUCAUUAAAAGUUAGAGAACACAGUGUUUAUGGUCCUUACGUAGAUGGCCUAUCCAAACUAGCUGUUGCUAGCUACAAGGACAUUGAGUCUUUGAUGUCCGAGGGCAACAAAUCUCGAACAGUGGCUGCAACCAACAUGAAUGAGGAGAGCAGUCGGUCCCAUGCAGUCUUCAAGAUUAUCCUCACCCACACACUCUACGAUGUGCAAUCAGGGACGUCAGGGGAGAAGGUGGGCAAGCUGAGCCUGGUGGACUUGGCAGGCAGUGAAAGGGCAACCAAGACUGGUGCUGCAGGAGACAGGCUGAAAGAAGGAAGCAACAUUAACAA